AGAAAUCGUUUGUGCCCUAAUUUCCUUGAGAAACCACCUUCGUCUUCUUCCACGAGAAAGUUCGAAUCUGAUCAAUCCUUUAUUCUCUGUUUCUUCUUCAACCUUCUGAUACAGUUCACAACAACGACGACGACGACGGCUUCCUCCUGUAUACUUCGCACAACAGUCGGUCGUCCGCAAGAUAGAAUCGAUCUCGCUUCUGGGUUUACUCUUUAUCGACUGGAACUUGAAGUCCCGAUCUGCAACACCUGAGGAUGACUGUGCUGAAGAGAUAUGUACUAAGAUUGUUCAUAUCACUCAAGUAUAUUACCGCAAACGUAGUGGAUAGAAACAAUGGACGGAUUGUAGCAACAGCAUCAACAGUAGAACAUCCCCUCAAGAACACACUUGAAUGUGGCCGGUCUUGUAAUGCCAAGGCAGCAGCAGUUGUGGGAGAAGUAUUGGCCAUGCGACUUAGAGUGGAGGGUCUUGAACAUGGAAUGGGAAGAGGUAUUCAUGUAGAUGUAAACAAAGAGAUUGAGAAGAAGGGAUUUAAGAACAGCACCAAGAUUUGGUCUAUUGUAAAUUCUUUGAAGAACAACGGAGUUAAGCUCAUUUAUGAUGGCGAAGAAAAUGGUCAUUCACGCCCCAGUUACUAAAGAUGAACAUAUUAGCAACCUAUGCAACUACUGAAGGUUUGUUCUUGUUUGAAACUCCAUAUUCUUUGCCAAAUGAAGCCCGGGAUUCCCAAGUUAUGGGAUCGGAGUACUUCAAAAAGUCAAGAAUUUCUUACUUGUUUACAAAGGUGAUCACUUGAGUUAAAAGAGGUUUACUAAUCAACCCAGACAGACAGAUGUAUCCUGCCUGUGAUCAACACUGAAGUAUUUAGUACACAUGGUAAUAUGUUUGUACUUCAUAUCAAAAUAUAUAUGAGAAUCUAUUUAAGACUUAAUUUCAUAUGGGCUUUUGUUUUUUAUU